AUGGUGCUGGCCAUAGAACCACACACUUUGGUGCAGUUGAAUGAGAUUAUGGGGCAAAAAAUGGCAGGCGCCAAUAGAACGUAUUUUCUACUAUACGACUUCAUUGAUUUCUUCGAAAAAGAUGGGCCUAGUUUUCUUCAACGAGAUAAGUACCACGACAUCAUCGAUACGGUCUUCAAGAACAUGAGCCGGCUGGAAAGGGAUGCCAUUGUCUUUCAGUAUACGGAUUGGGAGCAUGUGAACGAUGGCUAUUUGAACCAAAAGAUGAUUGGAGAUGUGGUCGGGGACUACUUCUUCAUCUGUCCCACCAACGAAUUUGCUGAAGUUGCUGCAGAGAGAGGAAUGAAAGUUUACUAUUACUACUUCACACAUAUUGAAGAAGAAGAAACAGAUGAUAAUGAGGUAUCUGAUGGUGAAUCAACAUUGACAGAUAACGACGUUGUGAAGGAGACUCAGGAGGUUAUACAUAAUAGACCGAAAAGAAAAUUGACGGAUGUAACACCAAUUAGAAAACAGCAAAGAAAAAGUGAAGAUUCUGAUAAAUUAGAUAGAGCUUUUCAGAUACUUUCAAAAGCAUCAGCAAACGCCAAUAACCCAGAAGGACACAACGAAUGUCAGAUAUUUGGAAAUCUUGUGGCUAAAAAAUUGGCUAAAUAUUCGCCUGAAUUGCAGACCAAUACACAACAAGCGAUUAUGAAUAUUUUAUUUAAAGCAGACAGCAUCCAUAUUCGCCAAAAUUCAAGCAAUUUCCAAUCCCCACCACAACGUACUGACACUAUUCACUCAUUUUUUUCGAAUUAUCAGGCUAACCAAGAAUCCUGUUUUAAUCAAGAGCCAUCACAGUUGUCAUCUCCAACAUAUAGUUAUGAUAUCAGCGGCCUCACGAAGAAUCUUCAGAAUUUGGGAACGUUCAUGGUUGAUCAGUUCAUAGGUAUGAGAUGUCAAUUUAAAAAUAGGUUUUCAAUAAUCCGUGAUAUGUAUUCAAUCUACACUGGGGUUUGA